GCGCUUUCCCGCCUCUCCCGGAAGCGGCUCCCGCUGCCUGGAUAACGGUGGCGGUCGAGCAGCGAUGGAUCUGGAGGAGGCGAAAUCACUCACAGAACGUUGUUCUCAAUGUGAUGCUGUCUCCUGGGGCCUUACUGAUGAAGGCAAAUACUAUUGUACUUCCUGCCAUAAUGUCACAGAUCGAUCUGAGGAAGUUGUAAGCACUGCAGUCAUUCCUAAUACCAAGAUCAACUCCAUUAGCCGGGGACUGAGGAAGAGAAGCAAGCAUGAAAAAGGCUGGGAUUGGUAUGUGUGUGAAGGUUUUCAGUGCAUACUAUACCACCAGGCAGAAGCCCUGGAGACCCUUGGAGUAGGCACAGAGCUAAAGAAUGACGUUUUACACAACCUUUGGAAGCGCUACCUUCAGAAGAGCAAGCAGGCCUAUUGUAAAAAUCCAGUUCAUACAAGAGGAAGGAAAGCCAAGGUAUUGGAAGACAAUCUACAGAGUUCAGACUGGGCCAGUGAACUUGAGCUGCUAAGUGAUACCAGCUGUCCCCUUGAAAGUGGAGCAGAGUUCCAGUCUGACCCCCAGAUCCCAAAGCCUUUCCCUGUCACCAAAGUAUCCCCAAAGUCAGAAGCAGCAGAUAUCUGUUCCGGAUCUGUUGAUGGAGUAGAAUACUCGGAGUGGAAGGAGAAGGGCAUCCUCAAGAUGACUGUGCCCAGGACCCUUGCUCUCUGCUAUCUGUCCUUGCUCUGGCAGAGAGAAACAAUUACCCUUUCAGACCUUUUGAGGUUUGUAGAAGAGGACCGUAUCCCAUAUGUAAAUGCUUUUCAGCUUUUCCCAGAAGAGAUGAAAGUGUAUGGUCGUGACAAAGGUAUCUUUGCUAUAGAGUCUUGGCCCGAUUAUGAAGACAUCUAUAAAAACAUGAUUGAAGUUGCCAUAUUUUUAGAUUUGCCUCGUUUUCCAGACGUAACCGAAGACUGCUACCUUCAUCCCAACAUCUUGUGCAUGAAAUACUUACUGGAGCUCAAUCUCCCUGAUGAAAUGCACAGUUUAACCUGCCAAGUGGUAAAGAUGACUGGAAUCGGAGAAGUGGAUUUUCUGACAUUUGAUCCUAUAGCUAAAAAGAAAAGGACAGUUAAAUAUGAUGUGCAGGCUGUGGCUGUCAUUGUUGUUGUGUUGAAACUGCUCUUUUUGCUGGAUGACAAAUUAGAAUGGUCCUACUCUGGCCUUGCUGAAGCAUAUAAUGAAGAACACACAGAAGAUAAGCCUCAGUUUGAUUUCAGAAAAUGGUACCAAGUUAUGAAGAAAACUUUUGAUGAGAAAAGACAAAAAUGGGAAGAAGCAAGAGCCAAAUAUUCUUGGAAAACCAAAAGACCGAUCUACCGUUCACACAUCGACAAGUCCGUAGCAUAUAAGAGAAGAGAAAUGGUGGAGAAUCUUCAAAAGCAAUUUAGUGCCCUAGUUGGUUCAACACCUGUGGUUGAAAAGAAGAACCCUUCGAGUUUUCAGUUCAACUGGACAGAAGGAGACACUGAUAACCCUUGUUUCCAUGGACACAGCCUCCAGGGACUCCUGAAAACAAAAGGCCAGUCCUUGAUAACCAAGAACUCACUGUAUUGGCUAAGUACCCAGAAAUUCUGCAAAAGCUAUUGUAAACAUGUGACAACGUAUGAAGAAUCAAAUUUUUCUCUGAGUUACCAGUUUAUACUAAGUAUCUUCUCAUUCUUACUAAGAGUAAAGACCUCUAUUCUCCAUGAAGAAGUGAGCUUAAUUGAGAAGAAACUUUUUGAAAAGAAAUACAGUGAAUCAAAAAAGAGAUCAAGACCCAAGAAAUUAAGAAGACACUGAGAACCAGAGAGGGGCUUGUGUAGAAGAAUGUUCUUUAGGGGUAACUUUGGAUCUUAGUGCCACAGUCCAGGGAAUUGUGGGAAAUACAUUAUUGCACACACAUACAUAUUGACACUUUAUAUGCAUUGUAAAAUAGGUGAACUUUGAAUUAUUUUCAUGAAUACUUUUUUCAGAAAAUUAAAACAUUAAUUACAUAAAUGA